AAAUUGCCAGGUAAAGAACAUUCCUGAGAAACACCGCAACAUCCAAUUCGGAUUUAUCCGUUUUGUUGAAUUUAUUCCAAAAGGAAUUCCUCUUUUUACUCAAACUCUCUCUCUCUCUUCUCUCUCUCACUGACUGACUCAUCAUCCACACGACACGCUUUUCUAUUUAAAUCCUAAAUCCCUGCAACAUCACGAUACACACGCACUCAAAAGGCGCCAGGUUUGUUGAUCAUUUCAAUGGGAUCAUCAAUGGCUACGAAAGAGAGAAUUUUGGUUACGGGCGGCGCCGGCUUCAUCGGCACGCACACGGUGGUGCAGCUGCUCAAGGAGGGCUUCAAGGUUUCCGUCUUGGACAACCUCGACAAUGCCGUCGAAGAAGCAGUUCACAGAGUCAGACAGUUGGUCGGCCCCCAACUCUCCCAGAAUCUCGAUUUUCAUUUGGGCGAUAUCAGAAAUGUGGAGGAUUUGGAGAAAUUGUUUUCUCAGAGCAAGUUAGAUGCAGUAAUCCAUUUUGCUGGGCUUAAAGCUGUUGGUGAGAGUGUUGCUAAUCCUAUGAGAUAUUUCGACAACAAUUUGGUUGGAUCUAUUAAUUUAUACAAAGUCAUGGCAAAAUAUAACUGCAAGAAGUUGGUUUUCUCCUCAUCUGCGACGGUUUAUGGUCAGCCCGAUAAAAUUCCAUGUGUUGAAGACUUUGAGUUGAAGGCUAUGAAUCCUUAUGGUCGCACAAAGCUUUUUCUUGAAGAAAUUGCUCGAGAUCUGCAGAAGGCGGACCAAGAAUGGAGAAUCAUUUUGCUCAGAUACUUCAACCCGGUUGGGGCACACGAGAGCGGCAUGCUUGGAGAAGACCCUAAAGGGAUCCCAAACAAUCUUAUGCCUUAUAUAACACAAGUGGCUGUUGGUAGAUUACCCGAGCUAAACGUUUAUGGUUACGAUUAUCCGACACAUGAUGGUAGCGCGAUUCGAGACUACAUCCAUGUUAUGGAUUUGGCAGACGGCCAUGUGGUUGCUCUGGAGAAGCUUCUGCAACGCAAUGACAUAGGUUGCGUUGCCUACAACUUGGGGACUGGCCGUGGCACAUCCGUCCUUGAAAUGGUGACGGCCUUCGAGAAGGCAUCAGGCAAGAAACUCCCUAUUAAACUCUGUCCAAGACGACCGGGAGAUGCAACAGCUGUUUACGCAUCAACAGAUAAAGCUGAGAAAGAGCUUGGUUGGAAGGCGAAAUAUGGCAUCGAUGAAAUGUGUAGGGACCAAUGGAAGUGGGCAAGCCAGAAUCCAUGGGGAUACCUAUCCCAACCUAAAUCUGAAGCCAACAAGGAGUUGUACUAAGCUCUCAGCUUCUUCGUACAGUUACGCGUUCGUGCUUUUGAAAUGAUCUUCUACAUUUGACAACAUAUUUCUGGGCAAAUCCCCCCUCCCCCUUAUUGUAUUUUGGAUGUUGUAUGUGAUAAUUUUGCAUCAAAUGCAAUGAAUAAAGCCAAAUUAUUAACUAGU